AUGGUCAACGUAUCAUUUCUGAUUUCGUGGAUUCCACUUGUGUUGAGUUUGCUCUUUUUUCUGACAUGCGCGUGUUGCGCGGUGCAGGGGCAACGUGGAGAAGAAGACGGUGCUGAUGUAUUUCUGAAAAUAUGCUGGGAACUUGUUAAAGCGUCUGGACCUCGUGCUUGGUCUCCGUUCCACUCCGGUGUCAUUCUGGAGACGGAGCCAACAGUGAUCGCCAACAGAGUCGCCAUGCGAGGAGCCGAUGCCGACCUGCCCCUUUCCGAACAGACCAUCUCCCAAGCUUUGGCAACAGCAAAAUAUCAUCUCGCCCGCUCGUUGCUCAAAUAG